AUGGGUCUCUGGACGCUGCAAAACUUUGUAUUCCUCGUGUUUCUCUGCAAGGCCGACGCACAGUUUGACCCUGCUAGACGCCAGCCCUGGCGUGAAAGGUUCAUCCUGCUGGCUCCAGACCUGCUGAGAGCAGACAGCGAGGAAAACAUCUACCUGCAGGCUAAUGGUGUGUCUAACCCCGUCACCGUCUCCAUCACCAUCCGGGACUUUGGCAAGACCGCCAUGCUCCUGCAGGACUCUGUCAUACUCAACCAGGAGAAUGGAUACCACACUCUCAAAUCUAUACAGCUUUCCUCUACCCUCUUGAACCGGGAGGAGAAGAAGAGCACGUUUGUGUACCUGACGUUGAACUUUGGGGGGCUCUAUAUUGAGGAGAGGGUUAUAAUGGUGACUUUUCACUCAGGAUACAUCUUCAUCCAGACGGACAAACCCAUCUACAACCCUGGAGACACUGUUCGUUUCAGAGCCUUUGUGUCAUCUCCGUCUUUUAAGGCGUUUGAGAACUCAAUCACAAUAGAUAUCCAGAAUACAGACGGUGUGGUGGUUAAACAGAUCUUCAGGGUCAGAGCUGUUGACGGCGUCUACAAAAAUACUUUUCCACUCUCUGAUAUUGUCAAGGAGGGAACGUGGAAGAUGAUUGCAAAGUUUGAUGACUGGCAGCAGAACAAAUUCACCUCCAAUUUCGUGGUGAAGAAAUAUGUUCUUCCUUCCUUCAAUGUAACCUUGACUCCCACAAAGUCCUUCCUCAGCCUGGAUGACACCGAGCUGUCUGUGGAGAUUUCAGCAAGGUACCUGUAUGGGGAGCCGGUCCAGGGAACAGCCUAUGUUGUAUUUGGAGUGAAGAUCAACAAUGAGAUGAGGAGGUUGCCUUCAGUCAAGCAGGUUUCAGAUCUGGAUGGAGGAACUGUGAGUCUGAGCAUGGAGGAGAUAAAGAGUGCUUACCCCGACAUCAGGUCCUUGGUGGGAAACUCCGUGUACGUCAAAGCCUCUGUGCUCACCACGUCCGGCAGUGAUCUGGUCGAGGCAGAGAAGACUGGCAUUAAAAUAGUGGAGUCUCCCUUCGUGUUAUCCUUCAAAGACAUGCCACAGUUCUUCAAACCGGGCCUGCCCCUUGACUUCACAAUCCAGGUGAGCAAUCACGACGGUUCCCCGGCUCGUAACGUUCUCGUGAAGCUGAACAUGUUGCAGACGCCAAUGAUCAUCACCGGCAGCGCCAGAGUCACCGUCAACAUGGGGAGUGUGCGCGAAGAAAAUAUCAUUGCUGAGACCAUCCAGCCUGGCCUGGCGCCAGAGAAGCAGGCCAAACAUCAGUUCAGAGUAUUAGCGUACCAGAGCUCUAACCGCCGUAAGCAGAACUACCUGUACAUCUCCACAGGGACCAACACGGUGUCUGUGGAAGACAGACUGUCCCUGGAUCUGACCAUCAAAACAGCAGAGCCGACUAUGAGAGAUUCCAUUAAGUACAUCACAUACCUGGUGGUGAACAAAGGUAAAAUCAUUUCAGCUGACCGUGUGGAUGUGACCGGUCAUUUCGUCACCAGUAUUGGACUGACGAUCACACCGGAGAUGUUGCCUUCGUUCCGUUUUGUGGCGUUUUACAGCGUCCGGGCGGGCCAAGAGGAGGUGGUGCCGGACUCCAUCUGGGUGGAUGUGGUAGAUUCCUGCGUCGGAGGGCUGAAAGUGGGGCCGAACGGUACACCUCGAGACUACCGGCCGGGAAGUACGUUAAGUUUUCAGGUCAGAGGUGAUCCGGGAGCAAAGGUCAGCAUGGUCGCGGUGGACAACGCUGUGUUCCUGCUCAACAAGGACCGACUCACACAGAGGAAGCUCUGGGACUUGGUGGAGCACAGAGACAUCGGCUGCACACACGGGGGAGGCAGAGAUCCCGGGGCGGUGUUCUCAAAUGCAGGGCUGCUCUUCUCCUCCAGCGGCGGGUUCAAAACCCCAACCAGACAAGUCCUGCAGUGCCCGGGAAGUUCCAGAAGGAGGCGCUCUGCUGAACUGCUGAAACGUAAAGCCCAGCUGGAGGAUCAUUACAAAGAGAAGCUGCAGCGUCGCUGCUGUAAGGACGGCCUCAGGGAGAUCCCCAUGCAGUACUCCUGCACCAGACGCUCCUUCUACAUCACAGAGGGCUGGGAGUGCAUCCGAGCCUUCCGUUACUGCUGUGCUACCUACAGGGACCAAGAGUUUGACACCCAGAUCCCCACAACCCCUCCGCCCUUUACCACAGUUCCACCUACCACCACACCUCAGCCUACAAGACGCCGCAUACCAAUCGUGGCCUAUGGCAGAGUUUUAGAGACGUCUCCACAAAGAAUACCCCUCUCUCGGCAUAACUUUGAGUGGGGAAUGGCAGUGGCAAACAAACCAAGGAGUCAACCUCAGUUGGAAUAUAUCACAACGUCUAAAAUGGCAGAAAAAGAAGCAGUGCUUGAAACAAGGACGAUGGUGAUGGAGGAGGAGGAGGAGGAUUACGGGUACGAAGAUUACGAUGAGGAAGAGUAUCUGGAUGAGACUCAGGUGUAUCUGCGAGCCAAGUUCUAUGAAUCCUGGUGGAUGGAAGUGGACCUGCCCACGGAGACAGACAAAGACGGGUUUGCCUCGAUGACCGUAAACCAUCCCUUACCUGACAGCAUCACAGAGUGGGGAGUUCUGGCGGUCAGUUCAUCGGCUCAUACAGGUUUCUGCGUCGCUGAGCCGUACAACGUCAAAGCAUGGAAGGAGUUCUUUGUGGACCUGAAGCUGCCGUAUUCAGUGGCGAGGAACGAGCAGGUGGAGAUUAAAGCUGUGGUCCAUAACUACGGCUAUGAGGAGCUGCAUGUGAGGGUGGUGCUGAUGAAGACAGAAGGCAUAUGCAGCGUCGCCUUCAAGGACAGACACACACAGGAAGUGACGCUGGCGCCCGGUGCCUCUGUGGUGGUGCCUUACACCAUUGUUCCUCUGGUGGUGGGGAAGCUUCCUCUGGAGGUGAUGGUGGUCGGCAGGGACAUGAUGGGAGGAGAUCGCAUCCAGAAGCCUCUACGGGUAGUGAUGGAUGGAGUGCAGAAGACUGAAGUUUGGAGUGCUGUGUUGAACCCAUCGGCUGAGGGAGGAACACAAACACUCCGUGUGGGGAAGAUUGAACUGGAGUCCGUUGUGCCAAACUCUGUCCCAGAAACAUUCAUCAAUGUCAGAGGAAACGUGUUAGCAGACAGCAUCGAUAACUCCAUCAGUGAGGACUCUCUGGCCUCUCUGAUCCGGAUGCCCGGUGGCUGUGUGGAGCAGAACUUGGCAUCGAUCACCCUGCCGCUCAUCGCCACUCUCUACCUGGAUCGAACAAAUAGUUGGGAGAGUGUAGGGGUGCUGCGGAGAGCCGAGGCUCUGCGAUACAUCAGGAGAGGCUAUGAGAAGCAGCUCGCAUACAGAAAGAGCGAUGGCUCUUACCCCCCCUACAGGAGAGAAGGAGCAAGUACAUGGAUCACAGCAUACGUGGUUAAAGUUUUCUCCAUGGCUCACUCCAUCGUUGGCAUCAAUGAGCAGCAGGUGUGUGAACCUCUGCUCUACCUGGUGAAGAACAAACACCAUCAGAGAGGGAGUUUCAGGGAGGACAACCCAGUGUACAGCACCACCAUGAUGGGGGGUGUUCGUGGCGAUGAUCCUGAGAUAACCCUGACAGCAUUUGUGCUCAUCGCGCUCGCUGAGGCCAAGCAGGCCGGGAUCCAGUGCAUCGAUCCUAAAUUUGACACAGAGGCAGUUAUCCGUAAGACAGCUGAUUACCUGACCAAAGCUCUGGUGAAGUUGGGGAGGAGACCGUACACCGUGGCGAUCGCCUCAUAUGCGUUGGCUCUGCUGGGGAAGGAUAAGCGCCACAACCCGACACAAAACCUACUCAGAGCGUCUCGAGCUGGUCACUGGCCUGACAAACACAACCACUUGUUCUCGCUGGAGGCGACCGGCUACGCUCUGCUCGCUCUGGUCAAGCUGGGAGAAAUGGAGAGAGCAGCAGUGGCGUUCAAAUGGCUCAACAGCCAGCGGAGGGGAGGAGGAGGCUACGGCUCCACUCAGUCUACCAUGGUGGUGCUGCAGGCGCUGUCAGAGUACCUGAUCCACCAACCUCCUCCUGCCGACCUCAGCUUGAAUGUGGACGUCAGGAUAACGGGACGCAGGGAAAUCCGCUACCAUUUCAACCCCACUACCGCCUACGCUGCUCGAUCCUCCAGGUUGCCUGCUGAUCUUGAUUUGGAAGUGGAAGCUCAGGGGAACGGACAGGGAAUACUGGAGGUGGUGACGUAUUACAACCAGCUGCAUGAGGUGGAUGAGAAAAUGCCCUGCCAGCACUUUGAGCUCAACGUCACUAUCGAGGAAUCCAGCGAGAAGCCUCCAGCAGAUGUGGAAAAAUCCUACCAGAUCACCAUCAGAGUGAGGGCUUUGGGACCCCGGGAUGUCAGGAUGGUGGUUUUGGAUAUAAGUCUACCAACUGGCUUCACUCCUGAGAACUCAGACCUGGAGAUGUUGUCCAACUCAGUGGAUCGUUACAUCAGCAACUUCCAGAUUGUUGAUAACCUGAGUGACAGAGGCUCGCUCAUCCUGCACCUGUUCAAGGUGUCUCACAAAGAGCCAGAGAUCCUGAUCUUCAGGCUUCAGCAGAGCUUCAAAGUUGGCCUCCUGCAGCCCUCGUCGGUGACCGUCUAUGAGUAUUACAACCCAGAUCAUCGAUGCAGCCGCACCUACACUCCCAGGGAGGACAGAGAGGAGCUCACACAGAUCUGCAGGGACAACGUCUGUCGCUGCACUCAGGGUGACUGCUGCGUCUCCAAAACCGACAGUGAAAACUUUCCCAACAAAGAAAGAGAGACUUUUGCCUGCAAGAGUUUACACCACGUUUUCAAGGUGAAGGUGGUGAACAUCACCAAGAGUUACUACGACAAAUACGAGUUGGAGAUCGUACAAGCGAUCAAGCUGGGUGUGGAGGCUGGAUUUGAAAUGGGUCAAAACAGGGUUUUCAUGUCUCAUGGAGGCUGCAGAGAUGAGCUCAACCUGAGGGUGGGCUCUGAGUACCUCAUCAUCGGCCCCAAAGAGGACCGAUGGAACAUUGAUAGUGAAACCAACAGAUACGUCUACAUGUUAGGAAAGGACACCUGGGUGGAGCGCUGGCCGUCGUCUGCAGAGUGCUCCAGCAACCCCGGCCUGCAGGCGAAAUGCAACGGCCUGGAUGAAAUUGCAACUGAGCUGUCAGUCAACGGCUGCAGGCUGUAGAGACGCCUCGAUGUCUCAAAGAAGGCGAAAGACUGAACACAAAGUUUCAACGAUAGUCUCGAUCCAGUCCGUGCAAAGAGGACUAAAUGAAACAAGAUGUCUCGCCACAUGCCCGAUCAAUUUUCUAAUGACCAUAAUAAGUAAAAACAAAAAUUCAAAACCACUGUAAGCGAUAGAGCUUUAAUAGAAUAGUUUAAAAACAAAAUUAGAGAGUCAAACUAACAACUCUUGAAAGAAAGAAAGGACACAUUUUUGAUAAAUGGACAGAUCAUACAAGCUGCAUUCUUGCAAAUGGCCAGCAGAGGGAGACAAGCGACUGAUGAAUGUUCCUUUUGCUUCAUAUGGCCUAGAAAUCCCCACAACUUAUGUUCACAAUAAAAAAGCAAGUUGACAACGUGUUAUUCACAUUGUUUGGGGCUAAACUGUGCUCACUGAUAAUAAGAAGCUGAAAAUUAUCUCUUUGAAAACUGUGAGGUUUUCUUAAUGCUGUAUUUGGAGUUAUAUUACAUCAAUUAUUUGCUCAAAUAAACAACACACUUCAUGUAAAUUCAAA